CUUGCAUCGUGGAUCGCGAAGGGAGCAGCCACCGCCUAUGUGAUCAUGGACGGCAGCCAGUACCUUAUGCCGGCGACAUUUCCGGGCUACAACGCAAGCGAGGUAAACGGCUUCAUGCAGCCAUUUGUGGCCCAGCUGCAGCGUCUAGCCGUCAACUACACGGUUUCGGUCCAGGGCGGCCGACUGAUUCCACGCGAGGUGCUAAUGUCGGCGGACUCCAACCGCGCCCUGACGGCGGCGUUGCGCGAGAUCAGCUCCAACCGGGCAUUCCGAAUUAUUGGCGUGGGCACAGAUGUAUCGCGGGGUGGCGAUGUACCCAACGCGAGCUAUGCCACCAACGUCGCAAACGAGACGCUGAUCACAAAUCGUUACGAUCCGCUGCUGACGCAGGUGACGGGUCUGGCGAACAACAGUGGGGCAUAUCUAAACGAGGGGGACUUCCGGCAGAAGGACUUCCAGACGCAAUUCUUUGGGGGCAAUUAUGCCUCGCUAAAGCAGGUCAAACACCGAUAUGACCCCGAGGGGGUGUUCUAUGGCACCGCCCUGGUAGGCAGUGAUGAUUGGGAGGUCGCCAGUGAUGGGCGCUUGUGCCGGAGUAGCGAGAGUAACUGA